AUGGAUUAUUUUAAGAAAGCUCUUUGGGGGCCUGAUGAGAAAGAACAACAUAGAAAGAUAAAGGCAAUUUUAAGAAAGAAUGGUAGAAGUGUAGAUAGGUCAUUAAAUGAACUGAGUCAGUUACAAGCCAAAUCGAAGCAAUUAAUUAAGAAAGCAGCCAAAAAAAACGAUAUAAAGACUGUAAAAUUAUAUGCUAAAGAAUUAUAUGGUAUUAAUAAACAAUACUCUAGGUUAUAUACGUCGAAGGCUCAAUUGGAAUCUGUUGGGAUGAAGAUAGAAGAAGCAUAUAAGAUGAAGACAUUGACCACACAAAUGGCAGAGAAUACAGAUUUAAUGAGAGAAGUUAAUUCAUUAGUACGAUUACCUCAAAUACGAAACACUAUGGUUGAAUUAGAGAAAGAAUUAAUGAAAUCGGGAAUCAUUACAGAGAUGAUCGACGACACGAUGGAAUCCUUGGAUGAAGAUGAAGAAUUGGACGAAGAAGUUAAUGAAGAAAUAAAUAAGAUUGUAGAACAAUACACAACUCAGAAAUUCGCAGCUAUUGAUGAACUUCCAACUGCUGCACCAAUAUUGCCAGAGCCCGUCGCUAAGGAAACCGAACAGGAGGUCUCCGAAGAGAAUAUCGAUGAAGAAGCAGACAGGAUGUUAAGUGAUAUGAAGGAGAGACUAAGAGCAUUACAAAGUUGA